AUGGCGGCACCGCAGAUCGACAUAGAGGUGGCGAAGAUCGGAACGAUCAGCACCGCGGACUUCGCAGGUCUGCUCGGAGGUCUUCAUCAGGAAGGCGCGUCCGUCGGCGGUCUCUGCCAGCAGAACCUGACGGCGCCCGGCGACAACCUCAAAGUUAUGGACAUCAAGCAGAUCGUCGAGCUCGCCCCGCUCGCGAAGGCCAGCGACACUCACGACGCAGCGCAGUGCAAGUUCCAGAUCAGCCUCAACCCCUGGAGCGACGUCGACCUCAGCGUGAUUCGCGAAUCACUCAUCCAGACGGGAGCGAGCCACAAGCCAGGCCCUUUCGCAUCCAUUUUCGCUGAAGGCAUUUGGUUCAAGCAGUUUAAAGUGCAGGCGCCUCGCGCAUGCCAGAACAGCAUAUUUAUCGCGUGCCCUGACAAGGCGCUCCGCCUCGCCACUCCGUGGUCCGCGCCGGUGCUGGCAUGUGAAUCGAGGGGCGCCGGCCUGGCAGGGCUCGGCGAGCGGUCGCCUCUCGAGCCGCAGGCCGAGUUCGGGAGGCGCCUGUCUACCAGCGGCGCGCAGUUGCUCAAGCUCAUGGCGGGUGAUGGGGUCGACAACGACCGGUUCGGAAUGUCGGUGGCCGUGAGCUCCGACGGGGCCCGCGUGGUGGUGGGGGCCGUUUACUACUACUACGAAGACUGGGAGGUCAUUGUUCAUGGCUCCGUGUACGUGCUCGACGGGGCCACCGGCGAGAGGCUGCUGAAGUUUGUGGCGAGUGAUGGGGCUGCAGACGACAGUUUCGGUGAGUCGGUGGCCGUGAGCUCCGACGGGGCCCGCGUGGUAGUGGGGAACAAAUAUGACGACGACCAGGGCGACAAGUCCGGCUCCGUGUACGUGCUCGACGGGGCCACCGGCGAGAGGCUGCUGAAGCUUGUGGCGAGUGAUGGGGCUGCAGACGACUGGUUCGGUUCCUCGGUGGCCGUGAGCUCCGACGGGGCCCGCGUGGUGGUGGGGGCCGUAGGUGAGGGCUCCGGUUCCGGCUCCGUGUACGUGCUCGACGGGGCCACCGGCGAGACUCUGCUGAAGCUUGUGGCGAGUGAUGGGGCCUACUUCGACUUUUUCGGUUCCUCGGUGGCCGUGAGCUCCGACGGGGCCCGCGUGGUGGUGGGGGCCAGAGGUGACGACGACCAGGGCUCCGGUUCCGGCUCCGUGUACGUGCUCGACGGGGCCACCGGCGAGACGCUGCUGAAGCUUGUGGCGAGUGAUGGGGCCAAUUUCGACUAUUUCGGCUCCUCGGUGGCCGUGAGCUCCGACGGGGCCCGCGUGGUGGUGGGGGCCUGUGGUGACGGCGACCAGGGCUACAAUUCAGGCUCCGUGUACGUGCUCGACGGGGCCACCGGCGAGAGGCUGCUGAAGCUUGUGGCGAGUGAUGGGACUGCAGACGACUUGUUCGGUUCCUCGGUGGCCGUGAGCUCCGACGGGGCCCGCGUGGUGGUGGGGGCCAGAGGUGACGACGACCAGGGCUCCGGUUCCGGCUCCGUGUACGUGCUCGACGGGGCCACCGGCGAGAGGCUGCUGAAGCUUGUGGCGAGUGAUGGGGCCGCCUACGACUUUUUCGGUUCCUCGGUGGCCGUGAGCUCCGACGGGGCCCGCGUGGUGGUGGGGGCCUAUGGUGACGACGACCAGGGCGACAGUUCCGGCUCCGCGUACGUGCUCGACUUCACCGAGGUGUUGGCCUUCAUGUGGUUGCGCACUGCCAUGAACUACCAAUACAAGAAUGGAGGGACAUUGCAGGAGGUUUUGAAGAAGCUGUGGGCCCAGGGCGGCAUAAGGAGGCUCUAUCAGGGCCUUUUCCCCUGGGCGAUAUUCCAGGCCCCCCUCUCGCGCUUCGGGGAUGUCGCGGCGAACGACAUGGUCUUGGGUGUCACAGGUGCGCUGCUCCCCAGCUUGCCCGUCAGUGUGGCCACCUUCUUCGCCUCAAUGUCGGGGGCCCUCUUCCGCAUC